AUGGCUUACACAAAUGGUGUCGUGAACGGCGUCUCACAACCUGAUCACACCGCUAUCGUCAUUAGAGCAGGGAUAAGUGAUGUACGAAUACUGUAUGAGCUUCGUAAGCGCGGCAUCGAUGGCAAAAAGGUCGAUUUCACAGACAAACGGGUUGACAUCUUUGGGACCGGUGCUACCAGUGUUCAGAUUAUCCCUAUUGUGGCACACAGUGCUAGGAAGCUUACUAUGUUUCAACGAACACCGAACUAUGUUCUUCCAGGUCGCAAUUUCCUGUUUAUUGAAGACCAAGUACGUGAGAUUAAGAAUGAUUUUCAGGGAAUUGCUGAACGCGCCCAAGCGCAACCAUUCGGUGCCGAUAUACCUGUCGUUAACCGCAGCUCUCUUGAUGUUAAAGACGAUGAGAAGUUACAGCAGAUUCUUGACUGUGGCUGGGAGAGAGGAGGUCUUCGAUACGUUUUCGAGACUCUCGACGAUAUGAUGACGAAUGCGGAAUGCAACAAGAAAGCAAGUCAAUUCAGACGCAGGAAAAUACCAUCUAUUGUCCAAGAUCCAGCCACGGCAGAGACAUUGUUCCCCUACUAUCCGCUCAUGUGUAAGCGACCGCUGUUGGGACAUUUUUAUUACGAAACAUUCAACACAUCUAAUGUUGAGCUCGUGGAUCUCAAGAAAGAUCUAGUUCAAGAAAUCACUCUAACCGGUGCGCGCACGUCCAGCAAAGAGUUUGAGCUAUUUUUCGCAAUUGGUAAGUUUGAAAUGUUGCAGUUUUUCCCCUUCAGUUCUUUCAUUCCUUUUGCCACCUUGACUUCUCAUGAUACUGGGACUCCAAUCAGCAUGGGCCAAUCUCCCAACUACAGUCGAUCACACCGCAGAUUGGAUAGGAAGAACGAUGCUGCAGAUCGAAUCGAGACCAAGGAGGUUGCUCGAGCAUGGACUGAAAAGGUAGAUAGAGCAUUCUCUUCCACGUUGAUGGAAGAAGGGGCGAAAGAGACCUGA